UUUUGGGCUAUAUAGUGGAGCUCAUUAUUAGCACAUACUGAUACAAGUAAUACAUAUAUAUUUUUAUGUUGGUAGUUAACUUUGAAUUAGUAUACACUUGUUAUACUUAAAAUGAAAUAGAUUGUGAUGAAUUAGGCUGCGGUCCGAUAUUCACUGUCAGGACUGAAAAUAUAUAGUUCAGGUCAUAUUACAGAUUUUCAGUACUUGCAGUGAAUAUCGGAAAGCAGUCUUAGUAUAUACUUAUUUAUACUUAAAAUAAAAUAUAUAUUGAAGUUUAUUUUGAUAAAAGUGAGAUAGAAAGUUUUAGUGCAGCCCAGUGCAGGAAUAGAAAACAAAGUUCAUUCUUAAUCUAAAAUUCUUUUCUCAUAUAUUAAGUAAUGAAAAAUUGAUAAUUGUACUCAUACAAACUAGAGUACAUGUGUGAUGUGAUAGAUUUGAUAAUUUAAUCGGAGCAUAACCAGCGCUAAAUCAACUAACUUAACCUGUCAAGAAUAUUCAUGUGUCCAAAUACAGGACUUAGUUUAAAAUCGUGAUUUCAAUCUUAGUUUGGAAUGCUGCCAUAUGUUUUGACAUUGCAUUUUCAUUUAUAAGAAAUUUGCUUUAAGUGAAAAGAAUGGCUGAAAUUAAAACUAUAAUUUGUCCUAAUCUCAUUUCUAAACACGUUACUCCGUCAAUCAAGUGGUAUCAGACAGAUCGCACAAUUGUUAUUUGCAUUCAAUUGGUCGACGUAUCCGAUUAUUAUCUCCGAGUCGAGGACGAUAAUUUGCAAUUUAGUACAAAUGCAAACGACAAGGAAUAUUAUCUCAUUCUGUAUCUAUUUGGAGGCGUGAUAGCGGAAAAAACAAUGCAUAAAAAUGUUGGAAGAGAAAUUAAGAUCUAUCUUAUAAAGGCACUCAAAUGGUUUCCAUGGCUAAGAUUAAUUAAAUCCAAAGAAAAAGCUCCGUUUAUAUCUUAUAACUCGGAUCAUAUAGAAGAUGUUCAGAUUAGACCAACAUAUGACAUAGAUAGAUUUCAAAGAUAUAAACAUGAAAAUAAGAUAGACUAUAUCCUGCCUGACGGCAUGUCCAGCGAUGACGAGUCUGAUGAUGAAGAUAUGGAUUUCUUAAGUGAAAGUGAAGUUGAAUAUACGCAUGAGACUCAUAAUGAAAUUAAUGGCAAAAGAAAAAUGUAUAGUCAGCAAUUUCGUUCGUUAUGAAUGCGGUAAUGAAAAUUGUAAAGUACGAUAAUAUACUGCAUCGUUCAUUCAA